CCUGUGGCGCGUGCCUGUGUUCUGCCGUGCCAGAUGAGGAAGAUAGACGUCCUGCGAAGCCGUGUGUAUCUUCCAGCGAAUCCGUGACGAAAAGCCAAAGCUUUCCUUGCGAGAUUCUGAGAUACCAUCGUUGUACACGUGCUAUACCUCAUCAUUCUCACAUCUUGUUACUCACAAAACCAAAGAUGAAAGACAUCGCCUCAAAAACGGCCUUGAUCACGGGCGGCGGCACUGGCAUCGGCCUUGCGCUUGCCCUCCAACUCGCUGCAGAAGGAGCCAACAUUAUCAUUUCAUCCACGAGCAAGGAGCGACUCGCGGCAGGAGCGCAAAAGAUCCGCGAAGCAUGUCCAAAUGUCAAAGUUCUCGACAUCGUGUGCGACGUAUCGGACCGGCAAUCUAUCAAACAACUAAAAGAUGAGAUUACCAAAGCGGGUCUGCAGGUCGAUAUACUGGUUUGCAAUGCUGGUGUCACUACAAGCGGAGAUUACCACUUGCAUCGCGAAGAAGACUGGGACUGGGUAUAUGGAGUAGUGCUGAAUGGAACUACGUAUUGCAUUCAGGCAUUCUAUCCAGAUAUGGUGGCUCGCGGCUCAGGACACAUCGUGAUCAAUGGGUCUCAGGCGGGCAUGGUCCCGAAUUGGGUUUCCUUGCAUGGUCCGUAUACAUCCGCGAAGGCAGCUGUGCAUGCAUUGGGAGCAGCUAUGCGCCCCGAAGCGGCCACUCAUGGUGUCGGAGUAACAACCGUUGUUAUUGCGGGUACGCAAACCGAGAUCAUGAAGAGCGAACGGAGUCGGCCGGAACGGUUCGGUGAGCCUCUGAAUGUCAAGGUGGAGAGGAGGGCGGCUAGGAGAGUGCCUCCAAGUGAGGUUGCGGAGAAGAUAGUUACGGGUAUCAAGGAAGACCGGGGAUGGGUGGCUACACAUCCCGAUCUGAAGGACAGGACUAAGCAGUAUUUUGACGAGAUUCUGGCAGCUUAUGAUCAGUAG